UCGGUACCCGCGGUAACCCGUUUCGCCAUCUUUCAUACAAACUUGGGAUAGUUUUAUUUCAAUUAUUGAACAUUGUAGAACGAAACCUAAGCAGGUGAAUCAAAUCCUAGUGAAGAAUUUUGAGAAGCCAGUACGAUGGCAAAUUCUAGAAGCGCAUCAGCGGCGAUUCGCCUGAGCAGAUCGGCGGCGUCAGCCUUCCGAGCGUCCAGCGCCGGCCGCCAGAUUCCCCACACUCCAUCCGCCGCCGGCCAAUUGGCUAUCGGGCGCCCCCGUGCCCUAAUGUUCCCCACUGGCAGCAACAUCUCUUCUUCUACCCUGUUCUCUGCGUCAUGCCUCAACCGCGUAGCAUCCCGCCCCUACUCCUCCUCUUCUGCCCAGAUCCCAGGAACUAGAGCUAUUCGGUCUGUACUCUGGCAUAUAAAUGACGGAAUGGAAGAGGUUCUGGCUGAUUAUGUUCACCAUGAAAUGACUCGAACAUGGAUCUCAAUCUGUUUGAGACUGUUUGUUAUAAUCAUGACCAAGGAUGUUGUCGUGGCUGUCGCUGAUCUCUGAAGGCGAAUUUGUCUACGUGCAAAAGUGCCCAGUUUGAACUCCCCUCAGGCACAAUAUUCCUGCCUUUAGCAAGAAGGGAAAUGAAUAAAGUGUUCUUCAGAUGACUAAUCUCUGUCUGGAAAUGUAUGGAUUCUGGUAUAGAUUGUUUAAUAGGAAAUAAAAUUGAUCUUGCAGAGCAAGUACGAACUUUUGGUGUGAUUUCUGUUUUUGUACAGUUGCUGCAUUUGCGAUGCAUGCAUUUUUCGAAACAGAGUAGGUAUGUUCUUUCGUAAAAUAAUUAUUAGAAUCCCGAAGUUGCUA